UCUAGGGUUUACUUUUCCCUUCUUUAUUUCGCUGUUGCCGUUGGGUUUCGUUCCUUCCCAUGAGGUGUAGAGUUGUGCACGAGUCCGUUCCUCGGCUCCUUCGUCGCUGUUCGACUUCGCUCCUUCGACAACGUUCCGUUCCUGUUGGAUUGGAAGUUACGACAUUUUGAUCGGAAGCAACGACUGGAGCUCGCUCGCUGUGAAGCUCCCAUUUACCGUGAGAUUUGAUUUUGCGUUUCUAGCCGAUUGGGAUUUAGCUCAAUUCCGCCUCAAAUCCGGCUUAAAUCCUGCAUCCAAACUGCCCCUUAGUAUCUUAGCAGCAAUUGUUGAGGUAUGCUUCCAGCCCGCCAGCCAAUCUCAUUCACGACAGAUCAUGAAAUUCAUCCAAACACUUGACAAAAUUACAAUAAGGCUUGCGCUGGUAGCACCUAAGCUUUCCAGCACGCUCCCCUGUCUCCAGUCUUGCCCCCUCACCGACUCACCCUUGUGUGCUCACCCCCUGCCUCGACUGCUUGCCCCCAGCCCUCACGGCCCUUGUGCUCCCCCCGCUUGCGCCUCGUGGCUUGAAAGUUAGCUAGUCGGGUGGGGUCAACUCGGGUUAGACCCUGGUCGAGUUCGAGUGCAAAUAUCUGACUCGUUUUGCAAUUCGUGUCGGGUUGGUGUCGUCUGAAUUGGACUAUGUUCAAUUUCGGGAAUACCCAUUUUGACACCCCUAGGCAAAACACCACUCGGUAGUGUGGAGUGCGAACGUAUGAAGAGGGAAUCACUCCGGAAUGAGUCUGUCUGCAAGAUCUAUUAUCAACUUUGACUCUUAAUGAAUCUCGAAGAUCUGCACAAGGUAUGGGAAAUUAAGACCCUAAAGAAGCCAGGUGAGGAAGAGGCUCAUAAUAUCCUCAAUCGCAUUAGUAAGCAGGUCCAACCUAUCAUGCGGCGGCGUAGAUGGCGGGUAAAAGUUCUCUCUGAGUUCUGUCCGACAAAUCCAUCACUUUUAGGCUUGAAUGUCGGAGCGGGUUCGGAGGUGAAGCUACGUUUGCGGAGGCCUAAUCGAGAUUGGGAUUUCUUCCCCUUUGAGCAAGUGCUUGACACAAUGUUACAUGAGCUUUGUCAUAUUGAACACGGCCCCCACAAUGCACAGUUCUAUAAGCUAUGGGAUGAACUACGAAAGGAAUGUGAUGAUUUGGUGGCAAAGGGAAUAGCUGGUACUGGGGAAGGUUUUGAUGGCCCUGGAAGACGAUUGGGUGGUUUUACCCGGCAGCCUCCCGCAUCAUCUCUUCGGCAAACUGCAUUGGCUGCUGCGCAGAAACGGGCACGUGUUGGUCCUCUACUGCCUUCUGGUCCACGGCGGCUAGGGGGAGAUGAUGUUAUCAUGUCUUCUCUUAGUCCUAUACAAGCUGCUGCCAUGGCUGCUGAAAGAAGAAUGCUGGAUGAUUUGUGGUGUGGUUCAGUUUCCCCAGAAAUAGAACGCAUUAAUGGCUUAGAAGCUCUUGGAGAAUCUCCAAGCAAUUCUAGCAGCCAUAGGAGCACACCACCAUCUGUGUCGACUUCUUCUCUUUCUGCAGUAGACAACAUAGAUGAUAAGCUGGCAUGGGAGUGCAAUGUCUGCACUCUUUUAAACCAGCCAUUGGCACCAAUAUGUGAAGCCUGUGGAACCCAAAUGCCUAAACCCUUACAAUCCAAUUACAAAAUCUGGUCAUGCAAGUUCUGUACUUUGGAGAACAGCAUAAAAUUGGACAAAUGCUCUGCAUGUGAGCAAUGGAGAUACUCAUACGGACCACCAGUGUCUACCCGCAGUCCCAAUUAUGGUACUUGAGGUAACUGUUCUGUAUCUUCAUGUAAUUUUGGUGCAAAUGUUAAUGUAUUUUGUUUAAUGGGUCUUUGUGAUCUUCAAAUGGUGAAAUGUGCUUUGAAAUAGAAUGCCCCACUCUCUCUCUCUCUCUCUAUGGUGAACGUUUGAACGCUUUCUAUGCAUCAUAUGGUGAACUUCUUUGCGAAUCUUUUUUUUUGUAGAAGAUGAAUGCCAUCAUGAUCCCAAAUUUAUUAUCUUCUAUUA